AUGUCUGUCAAGUUUAUGCACGCCAUGCCAAUCCAUCUUCCUCCAGCCGCCCGAGAUCUGGCUCCGGAUUCCAGCCUACCACGAGAACGACUGGCCGAACCGCGGCCGACGACAUUGGAAUCAUCAUCACCAAAGCGUCCAAGACAUACAAAAGGGCUCCUGAACACGACAACUGGAGAACAUGCUGUUGCAGACCACCAGGGCGUCGUAGCAGAGAAGCAAGAGGUUAGAGUCGCGAUAGAGCGUCGUCUUCGCGCCAAUCUGGAACAAGGUCUUUUGACGCUAGACUUUGAUUUUGCUGACCCUCUUCCUGGGCUGCAACUUCGGGUGCUACCUCUCGAAUCAGAUGAGCCCCUAUCUCUAUCUAGUCAGUCUCUGGGCGUAGAUACGUGCACAGAACCCACCUUAACCCUCGCCAGGCGAUGGCUUGGAGAUUGUCUCGAACAUCACUCCAGGUGUGGUCAUCACGGCACCCAUCCCACCGAGAACAGUGGCAGCUCAAGUUGGCUCCCUACCAGACUGAUAGAAGUUGGGCCAAAGGACUCUUCCAAUGUCAGGUUAGUCCUGUCCAAGGACCUACCGUCAUCCACCCCGGGAAUAACCCCUGGCUACGCUGCCCUCAGCCACUGCUGGGGAGGAGCCGACGACAUCCUCAAGCUGAAGCUCCAAAACAUAGCCCAGCUCCUCCAAACCGGAGUCAAGCAAGACGACCUAGCCAAGACGUUUCAACACGCCAUCACUAUCUGCCGCGAGCUCAACAUUCCUUACAUAUGGAUCGACAGCCUGUGCAUCAUCCAGGAUUCGAAGGAAGACUGGGCCCGCGAAUCCUCCUCCAUGGGCAACGUGUACAGGAAGGCCACCUGCACCAUCGCCGCCACCGCGUCGACAACCUCCCACGAUGGCAUCUUCUUCCCACGCGGGCAAGAGCCGAAGCUGGAAUGCCAGAUCGGUGGGAACCCCCUCGUUAAGGAGCAUGCGUACCGCCGGAGCAAGGCCCUAGCACUCGUCCCAACAAACUGGGAACGUACCUGGCACCUGAACCUAGAUCACGCUUCGCCCCUGAACCAGCGGGGCUGGACUUUGCAGGAACGACUCCUUUCGAGACGUAUCCUCCACUUUGGCCGUCUGGGCAUUGCCUGGGAGUGCGAAACUCUCUGCGCCAGCGAGUUCUGCCAGGGUGGGUAUCCCCCCGGUGACGACCUUUACUUGGAAGGAUGUCCGAAGAAGCCCACCUGCACCAUGGAUCCUGUGAUGAGACACGUGGAACUCGAGGCCUGGGAUGCAUGGAUCGGCUUCGUAGAGACUUACUCGCAGCGAAGCCUGACCUUCGCAUCCGACAGGCUCGUGGCCAUUUCCGCCGUGGCCAAGGAAAUGCAACCUCAACUGGCUGAUAACCCCAGCUACCACGCCGGCUUAUGGGAAUCGACCCUACUACCUGAGCUCUGCUGGAUGGUAGACUGGCACAUGGCAUCGCGGGAGGUACUACCCCCGUCGGCCAACAGCGCCCCCGAUCCAGGCUCCUCCUCCACCUCCACCGGCCCGCCAUCCUGGUCGUGGGCAUCGGCCAACCAUCCCAUCUUCUUCCCCUUCAGAGGCAGAAGCCUCCUCCAGGAGCGCUUCACGCGGCUGCUGGCCCGACUUGUCAACGUCACCACCACGCCCGCCUUCGAAGACCCCUUCGGACAAGUUCACGGCGGGACCGUGUCCCUGAAGGGCCGACCAACGCCAGUCCGCCUCGCCAUCGCGGACUCCUCGGACCCGCGCUGCCCCAGAGAGGCCUUGUGGAAGCUGGUGGCCGAGGACGGGGGGCCACUACCGCUGCAGAUCUGGGCGUCCCUUGAUGAUUUUUCCCCGCUUGACAGUGAUCCUCUUGUGGUAUUCGCUCUUCCUAUCCUUCAUAGGUUGAACGAGUGCGAGAAUUCGCUGGGGAUGCGUUUGGGUCAUCCAGCCAAGGGCCCCGUUAACGGAUUGCUGUUGGAGAAAAAAGAGACGGACCAUAUUGUUUCGUAUAGGAGAAUCGGCGCGUUUUUUGUCCUGGAUGUGUAUACAAAUGAUGGUUGGUUCGACUUCGAGAGAUGUGCAUAUGGCAGGGUGAGUUCAUCGGAAGAGGAUGAGAAUGGCACGACGCGCAGAAAAGAGCCAGAUCAAUGCAUCGACAUCAGAUAA